ACUGCAUGAUGCGCUCUCAAGACGCUCCAACUCGACGCAACGCCGGGAAAUAAAGUGCUCGUCUCUCUUUAUUGGCAGCUGUGCUGCGUCUCCGAUCGCUGUUAUAACUCGACCCAUCAGCAAAAAGUGGUUGUAUUUUCUGUAAAAGUUCAUCUCUGACAGACCGACUGGUGAAGCUGGAGGAAAUUCUCCCAGGGACCUGUUGAUCGUCUGCCGGCCCUGCAAUGGAGGAGCCAAGCGGACGAGUAUUACAUUAACCUGAGACAGCAAAUGAAAAUUUGAUUUGGACUCAAGAACUCUCUCAGGCGAUAAUGGAGAUUAUGGAUGCUCAGUGUGCCUUGGAAGCUGUGGAAAGACUGCAAGCCAAACUGAAGGAGCGAGGGGAGGCUCCCACUCAGGAGAAACUAUCCGUGCUGAAGACUGUCCUGCAGAACCCUCUUUUCCUGCACAUACUCAGCUUGCAGCAAGCUCAGCCAAAGCCUCCGGUGAAGGGGAAAGGAGUUUCCAAGUCGGUAUCCCUGAACUGUGGCCCAUGCCCAGACUUACCUGUUGGCCUGAAGGGACUCUGCCAUAGUGACUCAUACACCUGGGCUGUGGAGAAUCGAAGAUCAUUUCAUAAGGAUGGCAGCAACUCCUCCCUUGGCUCACAGGAGCUGUCCUUUUCAGAUAUCUACCCAUACAACUCUUCUCACAUGGAAUCACAGUACUGCACUCCUCCUCGUAUCUCCCGCACCAUGUCGAUGGGUAGAAACCUUUCUGCUAUUGCACAUGAGAGGCGUCACAUUGAGAUAAUAGAGUUGAUCAACGAUGGGAGAGGACUUGGUUUUGGCAUUGUAGGCGGACGCAGCACAGGAGUCAUGGUCAAGACCAUCCUUCCUGGAGGUGCAGCAGGAAGGGACAGUCGCCUGUGUAGCGGAGAUCAGAUUCUACAUAUUGGAGAUACAGACUUAGCGGGCAUGAGCAGUGAACAAGUCGCACAGGUGCUGCGAAAUGCUGGCAGUAGGGUGAAACUCCUUAUUGCCAGGGAUGUUACCAAACCCAAUUACCUCUCCUCCCCUGCUCUGAACCAGGACAGUUUGGACGAUAAGGACUUGAAAAAUGACCAUGAGUUCAGUGUCCAGUUCAUUAAAAAUAGCCGGGGCCUGGGAUUUUCCAUCUCAAGCUAUGUAGGAGACCUGAACUCAGUCUACAGUGCCGGUGUGAUGGUGAAGAGCAUUGUAAAAGGCAGUGCUGCAGAUCAAGACGGACAUAUGCACGUUGGAGAUAUCAUCCUUUCUGUGGAUGGUGUGAGCCUUCAGGGCUGCAGUGAACAGCGUGCCAUGGAGGUGCUCAGGAGGACCGGUUCCCUGGUCAGACUGAGGUUGCUGAGAAAGGCUGUCUACCCUGGUCACAUCAUUCCCCCAGUUCCUCGCCUGCAGCCUCUCCGACACACCCACAGCUUCCAUGAAGGCAACCUUUACAGAUCAGGCCUCAACAAGAUUCAAGAGACAGGAAUCAGCUCUCUGCGUGAAAUCUCCCGGCGAGCGGCAUAUGCCAGCAGACGACCCCAACAUGAUCCCAGAGAUGGUGUGAAACUGACUUCAGAAGAAGAAGAAAACCUGAGGGAGAGGUGGCAGCAUGCGGUUGGACACCGAUAUGAAGUGAUUGUCUGUCAGCUGGAGAGGUUCAGUGAGACAAGUGGUCUAGGCAUCAGUCUGGAAGCUCGGGCAGGACAUCACUAUCUGUGCUCCAUCUUACCAGAGGGACCCAUUGGCCAAAGCAGCAAAAUCUUUACUGGAGAUGAGAUACUGGAAGUAAAUGGAAUCCCCCUUAUUGGACAGACACAUAAGGAGGUGGUCAGUGUUCUGAAAGAACUGCCAGUGCAAGUAUACCUCGUGUGCUGCCGCAUUGUCCCCCCUUCAGUUCAUGACAGUGAUGAAGAAGCAAAUGAUGAUGCCUGUCUCAGUCUCAAAGAGCUGCUGGCUGAGUUCAAUGACAAGCUGGAUCACGGCUGUGUCAUUCCCUGUCCUACAGCUGAGGACAUUACAAAGCGUGGCGUGCCCCCCAUGUCACCUCCUCUGGCCAUGUGGGAAAAAGAGGCUCAGGUUGUUGAGCUGGAAAAAGGAGAGUUGGGACUUGGCUUCAGCAUCCUGGACUACCAGGAUCCAGAGGAUGCCUCCAAAACAGUUCUAAUAAUCCGGUCCUUGGUUCCUGGAGGUGUAGCAGAUCAAGAUGGCCGCCUGCUACCUGGUGACCGACUAAUGUUUGUUAAUGAAACUGACCUAGAGGGCUCCAGCCUGGAUUAUGCUGUGCAUGUGCUCAAGUCUACAGAAUAUGGGCCUGUUCGCAUUGGUGUUGCUAAACCACUGCCGCUGGAACUGUGUGGUGGCUUGACGCCCAUAGCAGAGCGAAGUGCGCGGCCUUCAACCGAUGACACUGACAGCCACACUCAAGUCAGCCUGCUAGCUGAGGCAGCUGAGGCCAAUUUCAACAACACAACUUGGAACUCCGACGAUACCAUCUUCAGCCAGCAGUGUUACACGGAGAACCAGCUGCGUUAUCGCUGCAGCGCUAUGGAAGAUGACAGUAGGCAGCAAGCCCCACCUCUGCCCCCUCGCACAAGCUUUGAGAGGACAAUCACUGUUGUCAGGGGAAACCAUAGCCUUGGGAUGUCGGUGAGUGCUAUCAAGGACGGCACAGGCAUUCUGGUCCGGAGCGUGGUCCAAGGGGGCUCUGUUUGCCUCGAUGGCAGACUGGGGGUGGGGGAUAUCAUCUUGGCCAUAAACGGAGAACCUGCCUCAAAUCUGACCAGCGCCCAAGCCAGGGCUAUGCUUCGCAGACACUCUGUCAUAGGUCCAGAGAUGAGGAUAACCUAUGUUCCAGAUCAUCAGGUGGAUGAGCACCGAACUUGUCUGUGUUUGCCCCCUCUGGCGUCCAUCUCAACAGACAGUCCAUCUUCUUCGCCCACCCUGCCUGCUCCGUAUCCAGAGCCUGCAUCAGGACCAGCCAGAAACUCCAGUCCCCAGGCUUCAUCAACGCUCAGAUUGUCUGCCUCCGUCAAAUACAAAACAACAGCUCCAGAUCCGCCCACGGUCAGGGCCACUGUUUCGUUUAAAGCAUUUAAAGGCCCAGCCUCAGACACAAGUUGGCAGCUUCCAAAAUAUCUCCAAAUACCUCCAAAUAGCAAAGAGAAGGAAAAAGAUGGAGACACUGUAAGGAAGAGCAGAGACAAAACUAAUGAAGAUGUGAGAGUGAAAAAUCCUGAAGUCAAAAUAAAGGUUGAUGGUAAAGAAGAGAACAAUGAAGAGCUUUGUUCACAUGUAGCCUGGUCUUGGGAUCAGCCUAAAAGUGUGCAGCUGACUCGAGCACCGAGCCAGUCCCUUGGUAUCAGUAUUAUGGGAGGCAGAGGCAUGGGCCGCAGACUGAGCAGUGGAGAGAUGAUGAGGGGUGUCUUCAUCAAGCACAUCAGCCCUGACAGCCCUGCAGCGCUUAAUGGCACCCUUAGGGUUGGAGACAGGAUAUUGGAGGUGAGUGGUGUGGACCUGAGAGAUGCCAGCCAUGAGCAGGCAGUGGAAGCCAUCCGCAGGGCAGGAGACACUGUGGUCCUUUUGAUUCAGUCUGGACUAAACAGAGCUCAGUCUCCCAAUCCCAUCAAUCACGAAAGACUAUCAACGACAUCGCUGUCCAACUCUCAUAACAACAAGGAGGCAGAGACUCUCAGCAGUCUGUUCCUUAGUCUCUCCCCUGCAAAUCCCUUCACUCCCACCCCCUUUAAGGCCUCGUCACCAACAUCCGAUAGAAUGGAUCGGAGAAGCCCCGUAAAUGUCACAACAGCGGCCAGUGCAGCAGUUGAAGACGGAGACGACACCAGCAGGAAGAAGAUGCUUCAGCGCUAUGGCAGCCUGUCAGGAAAGCUCCACAUGAUUGAGCUGGAGAAGGACCCUGCAGCUCACGGUUUGGGAAUUAGACUCGCAGGCAACGAGGAAGGCUCCAGAGCGCGGAUGUGUGUCUAUGUGGAAGGAAUAGACCCGGGUGGGCCUGCUGCUUUGGAUGGGAGAAUACAGGUUGGGGAUGAGCUGCUGGAGAUAAAUGGUCAGAUCUUGUAUGGUCGAAGUCACCAAAAUGCCUCCACCAUCAUCAACAAUGCCCCCUCUAAAGUGAAGAUCAUUCUCAUCCGAAAUAAAGCAGGUCAAAUGCUGAGGAGAAUCAAGAGAGAGUGUGAGGACACAGUGGACUCUAAGACGGAUGCUGCAGAGGGCGAAUCACAUGGCAUCGAACAUAUCAUCCUACCCCAGGACUAUGCAGGUCUGGGCCUUUGCCUUGGUGAGGACCAUUCCAAAAGAGGGGUGGUUAUCAGGUCCCUGAUCCAGCACGGCACUGCCAGUAAGGACGGCAGGAUAAAAGUUGGAGACAGAGUCGUAGCAGUGGGUGAUGAACCUGUAGCUGGACUGUCAGUGGAGAAGGUGUCCAGUUUGAUUCUCAAACACCAGGUCACUGUCAAGCUCUCCAUCAGCAGUUCCAAGGCUCUCCCUUUCUCACUUCCCCAUCUCCCUUACCCUCCUGCUGCUUCAUCUGAACCCCCUCAGGACUCUCCAUCUUCUUCUACAUCUCUCGGUACAGUGCAGACCCCUCCAGCAGAGAGCUCUUAUUGGCCAGAUUCAACUCCUUCAACUUCGGACCCCUGGAGCUGUCCAGUUGUAGCUGGGAGGGAAACUACCAUAGAAAUUUGUAAAGGAAAUUUAGGCCUGGGCCUCAGCAUUGUGGGAGGAUGUGACACCCUCCUGGGGGCAGUAAUAAUCCAUGAAGUGAAUGAUGGCGGAGCAGCACAGAGAGAUGGAAGACUGCAGGGUGGAGACCAAAUAUUAGAGGUGAAUGACAUAGACCUGCGGCAGGCCACACAUGACGAGGCAAUUGCAGUGCUGCGGCUCACCACCCAGCGAGUUCGGCUGUGUGUCUUCAGGCACCAGGAGGCCUACCGGGAGGAGGACCUGUGGGAUGUCUUCAGUCUGGAGCUCACGCCUUGUCCCAUUGAAGGCCUAGGGUUCACCACCGUGGGGAAGAGCGAUGACACGGGCAUCUUUGUGUCAGAAAUCAUCAGAGGUGGCACUGCAGAAUCAGAUGGCAGCUUGCUGCAAGGUGACCAGAUUCUGUCAAUCAACGGGGAGGAUGUCCGUGCAGCAUCGCAGGAGCAUGCACAGAGGCGUUUACAGGAGUGCACUGGAGCUGUCCUUCUAGAAGUAGCUCGUUUUAAAGCUGGGUUGCAGUACUCCCAGAGGAGUAAGGAAUAUUUUCAGUUGUGUUUUAUCCAGAGCGAAGUCUCUGACAGCUCCACUCUGACAAGCAAAAGUGGAUGUGGUGCAUCUUCUUGCCAACAGAGGGAGAUGGAUAACAGAACAGGGAGCAGCCAACCUGAGCUCAGAAAAGUAACAAUACAAAAGGGUCCACGUGACACGCUGGGUGUCAGUUUAGCUGGAGGAGUGGGUAGUCCCCAUGGCAACGUACCUCUUUUUAUUGCUUCUAUGGAUACCAAUGGACUGGCUGCCAAAUCAAACAAAUUAGAGACAGGUGACAGGAUCCGUAGCAUCAACGAUGUGUCCACAGAGGGAAUUACUCAUGACAGUGCUGAAGCCCUGCUGAAGAACGCAACCGGAACCAUCAGUUUGCAGGUAAUAACCGGUUUUGAUGGGUGUAGCUCACAGGUUCCCAGUGAGGUUCAUGUCAGCUCAUCAGAUCUAGCCAGCAGCUGCUCUCAUAAUAACUUCUGUCUGCUCUUUGAUCCCUAUAGUCCACGUGUUUAUAAGACUGUCACUCUGGAGAGAGGCUUGUUGGGCCUGGGCUUCAGCAUUGUGGGAGGCUUUGGCAGCCCUCACGGAGACCUUCCAAUCUACGUCAAAAGUAUUUUCAGCAAGGGGGCAGCUGUUGAGGACGGCAGGCUGAAAAGUGGCGAUCAAAUCAUCGCUGUGAAUGGACACUGCCUGGAAGGCGUGACUCACGCAAAAGCUGUGGAAAUCCUGAAAAAAGCAAAAGGAACUGUAAUCCUUACUGUACUCUCAUGAGUUAAUAUUCACUGUGUCCUUGUUGAGGUAUAUUUAUAUUACAUGAGCAAUAUAACUCUGCAAGGGUGUAGCUUUCUCUUGUGGAACUGCUUGACUGAAAGCUGAGAAUCUAAACAUUGAUGGUAAAGGGAAUUUCCAGAAGUCCAAAUGUAUCUCCAAUGCCUUGGAAAACUAUUUAUACCCCAUAAACAUUUUCACAAUUUUUUAGGCAUAGCCCAAAACAAUGUAACAUAAGUAUUAAGUGGAAUCAAAAGAAAUACAUGUCUUUCUUUUUUUUUGUUUUUGAAAUAAUAGAAAACGUCAGGCAAGAUUUGUAUUCAUCUUUCCUGUUCCAACUGAAGAAAAUCACCCCACAGCAUGAUGUGACGAUAAUGUUUACCAUUUUUCUUCUGCUUAACAAUUUUGGCUACUUUGUGUUGACCUGUCACUUAAUUCCGAUACAAUACAUUAAAGGUUUUGGUUGUAAGGUGACAAAAUGUGAGAAGGUUAUAGGGCUAUCAAUACCAAGUGGUUUGGAGAAGCUAUCUAACCACAAAACCCAGCUCAGAUUUUGUAAACAUCAUGUGGAUAUACAUUAAUCACCACAACACAGUCAAAAACAUUUGGAUUUGUUUUAAGUUGCAAUCUCUCUAAUGUGCGGUACUCAUCAUGAUGACCUAAUAAUGAAUAAAUUACAACCUAUGUAUUUUAAUAAUAUGAGAUUCUGACAUAUUAAAGCAAUAGAAAACAAAUAGCAUCUGUCAGGAAACAAACAAAACACACAUGCAGUAUUCACACAGUCAGCUGACUUUGGUUCAGUCAAAGGGAACAUCCCAACAUCCACAACAUGCCAAGUGCUUCUGCCAAUGUUUUUUUCAAGGCAAUAAGGUUUUAGGAGACUGACUUUGAAGGACUGAUGUACUUUUUUUCUCUGCAUUUCUGUACAAUAUUCAUUUGAAAUGUGUCAUGAUUUCUUAUAGAUUCAAUGUCUUACAUGACCUAUUGAUAUUUAGGAUAACCAUGUUAACUGUCAGAGAAUACAAAACACACAUCUUUGUAUACUUCUCUCUGCUUUUUAGGACUUGAGAAAAGUGUUGUUAUACUGUUAAGCCCAGACUUUAUUUAGAAUUUGUUUUGUAUUAUUUUAUUCACACUUUAUUUAAUGUGAAACCUGACUUCUUUAUGUAUUUUAAGUUGUGUCUUUAAGGCCACAGCACUUAUGUAGCUUUGUGUAACUGAAUCAACUGUUUUAAAAGUUAAUUUGUUAGUGUUUUUUUUAAAAGACUAAGAUUGUGGUGUGCCCCAGCCAUGGCAUGAACCAAUGACUGAACUGUACAUGGAGAACAACAGACUGGUAAAAACUUUGGAUCCCAGAAUGCACAGCAUUAACCAAUUUUCAAGAAGAACUCCUAGGGAAGAGGAGUCAGAGCUGAAAUCCCCUUGACAUCAUAGAUCUACAAAACUCUGGCCCUGUUUACACGACAACAUUUUCUGGUGAAAACAGAGAAGUUUAGUUGUGUUUCUACUGUUCAUCUACACAACAUUGCCAGACAUUUUCUCUGAAAAUGGCACAAUUUGAGAACGGGUUCCAGAGUGUAAUGGUUUGAAAACAUCUCUUUCUCCCGUCUCAGGGCUGUAAUGCUCUUUACCUUCUGCUCUUCAUGGGGCCCAUCUGACACCCUCCUAUUCAUCAGAAUGGUCCUCUUAGGCAGUUGUGUCUGGGCAAAAAAAAUAAAUUCAGGAUAAAACUA